GCUCUGGGAUGUCACCAAUGACAAGGAGGUGGCUGGCGUGGUGAUGGAGGUGCUGACAAGCUACGAGCCCAAUGACCCGUGCAGCGAUGGCGGCCAUCAGGAAGAAGCUGGUGAUCGUGGGAGAUGGUGCCUGUGGAAAGACGUGUCUGCUGAUUGUGUUCAGCAAGGACCAGUUCCCUGAGGUCUACGUGCCCACCGUGUUCGAGAACUACAUUGCCGACAUAGAGGUAGACGGGAAGCAGGUGGAGCUGGCCCUGUGGGACACAGCGGGUCAGGAGGACUACGACAGGCUGCGGCCCCUCUCGUACCCGGACACAGACGUUAUCCUCAUGUGCUUUUCUAUCGACAGCCCGGAUAGCCUCGAGAACAUCCCUGAGAAGUGGACGCCAGAGGUGAAGCACUUCUGCCCCAACGUGCCCAUCAUCCUGGUGGGGAACAAGAAGGACCUGCGGAACGACGAGCACACACGGCGGGAGCUGGCGAAGAUGAAGCAGGAGCCGGUGAAGCCAGAGGAGGGGAGGGACAUGGCCAACAGGAUCAAUGCCUUUGGCUACCUCGAGUGCUCAGCCAAGACGAAGGAGGGUGUGCGGGAGGUCUUCGAGAUGGCCACCCGCGCAGGCCUGCAGGUCCGGAAGAACAAGAAGCGCAGAGGCUGCCCGCUGCUGUGAGCAGCCCGGCGGGC